UCAAACCCUUGAGACUGAUCAAUGUACACUGCCUAAGAUAGUUUGCCAUGCAGAAAAGCACUCUUUUCAUCAAAUUGGUAUAUCGGAAACCCAUGAUAGGAAACUAGUGCUAGGUGUGUCCUGAUAGUGUCUCACUUUGACACUGUUACAAAGACCUCCGUCUGAUCAAUCCCAUGCCUCCAAGCAUACCCUUUUGCCACCAACAUUGCCUCGUAAUUGUCCAUAGAACUAUCUUCCUUGAGCUUAGUUUUGAAAAUCCAUUUAACUCCAAUAGGCAAUCGGAAAGACACAUUUAGAAGAUGUUGUUAGAAUCCAAGUUGCAUUCUUUUUAAUGCAUAUCAUGUCCUGCUUCAUUGCUUCUCUCCACUUAUCCUCAUUUACUGCUUCUUCGAAGGUAUACGAUAAUCAUUGACGGUCACCAUUUUCAAGUAACCCAUGUUUGCAAAAUAGGUGCAGUUAUAGAUUGCUAUUUACCAUGUAGAUGUCUUACCCUAAGACCUAAUCCACCACUUGGAAGGUCUAGCACAUCAUGAUUAGAGUCAUCUUCGUCCUCUCCUAAAUCUUGAUUUGUUGGUAUCGAACUUCAUGUAGAAUGUAGAACCAAUAACAUUUGUUGGUAUGGAAAGACUAGGAGGUUGUGCUACAACAACGGUUUCUACUAUGAUUUUUCGUGCAAUAGGCUUUUCCUUAUCUUCAGACUUAGACCAUGGAUUUUUAGUGCCAUUAAACAUCACUUAGUCAGCGCAGACUGUGUGUUCUAAAUUCCAAGUGCAAUCUUUAUCUUCAUCAAAGAUAAACCCCGUUUAUUGUCGAUUUCUUUGCAAUAGCUGAUAGGAUUGUAAAGCUUGUAAGCCUUAGACUUGGUGGAAAUGCCUAAGAACUGAAACUUUACACUCCAUCUUCGAUAUGAAACCUUUCCAGGCACCAGGUCCAGAUGGCUACCACGCGGCUUUCUACCAGCGGUUCUGGAAGGUGACGGGGAGAUCUUUGGCUGACCUGGCUAUCUCCUUCUUCCAGAAUAGUACUUUACCUGAAGAAGUAACGGAAUCCACUCUGGUGCUCAUUCCGAAGGUCGAUUCCCCUGAGUGUGUCACUCAGCUUAGGCCCAUAUAUCUCAAUAAUGUCUGCCUCAAGAGCAUUACUAAGGCCAUGACAUGCAGGCUUAAGCCUCUGAUGAGGAAGUUGAUCUCGCCCCAUCAGAGCAGCUUUAUCCCUGGUAGGCAGACUACAGACAAUAUCAUUGUGGUUCAAGAGGUCUUGCAUUCCCUUCGGAAGAGGAAAGGGAAGAAGGGUGGGCUGGUCUUCAAAAUUGAUCUAGAGAAGGGUGGGCUGGCAUACUAAACCUCUGAUCUUAUAUAUUUACUACUAUAAGCAUUUGGAUGACCCCUGGCUGUCACCUAUUUGAGGAUAACCUCUCUAGUACAAUACACAGAUUCUAUAGCCUAUAGGUCGGCCCGUUGGCCGAAUGAAUAUUGUGAAAAUUUUGAUCAUUGGCAAACAUCAAAAUAUUGUGUCUGUGUCAAUUUACAUAUUUGUAAUUUGUAAUGACAACUAAUCCAUGCUACCAUUGCGAUGAAGCAGAGGUCAAGCACAGUUAAACAACCUUUGCAACAAUUAACCGAAUCAUUGAGCCACAGUUACAAAACCACACUCUUCCAGGACAUUUUCGAGAGAGAAUCGUAAUCAGCUAAGGAAGCUUAUUGAAACACAGUUCUCUAUGCCUAAUCUCAAACUAAUCAUAUAAUAGAAGAGCGAGAAGAAGACAGACCUGUGAAUUGAGCCGCAAUUGUAUCAAAUGUGAACGUGCAGAACUUGAUAGAUGCAUAAUUAUAGGUCAGUAUUCUUGAAGAUUCGGCUCAACUAAGCUCUUUAUUAGCUCAGAAGCUGCGUACAAAGCGGCAAGAUUUCCAAGAAUAAAUAUUUCAACUUCACCCGAUCAAACCACAGUUUCUCAAACAUUAAUCACAGAAUGUGAACACUGAAAUCAUUGUCAUUAGAGGUGGAACCUUUUCGAAUUCAUUAUACACUUAUUGCAUGAAGCAGUGGUAUGAGCUAACAACAACUACUUGUGCCACCAUAUCCUAAAAAAUUGGGCAAGAUUUUGACAGUAGAAGUUGAAACAUGAGUGAGAAUUUCAUUAUACUCACCUUUAAUAAUGAAAGAACUACACCACUUUUUAGCUUUAUACCAAGGAAACCCCACUGCCACAAGCAUGCUGUGAAUUUCCGUUGUAGCAUGCUCUUUAACAUGGGUAAAAGUCAUUUCAUAAGAAUAAUAAUGUGUAGAGUUGAAC